GGCGGGUUCCGGAAGAAUCCAAGAUGGCGGCGGCGGAGGCGCCCAGGAGAAUGUCUGCGUUCGUGUGGUUGACUCUUCUCCUGGCUGUGGUGUCGGCGGUAGACAAAAGCAACUUCAAGACCUGUGACCAGAGUUCCUUUUGCAAGCGUCAGAGAAGCUUACAACCUGGAAGCUCCCCUUAUAGGGCGCUGCUGGAAUCCCUGCAGCUGAGCCAAGAAUCUAUGAAAAUCCAGCUUGUUAAUGAAGCAAACAAGGUUCCUCUCCUCCUGGAGUUCUACGGCUUGAAAGGGAACAUGACCCGCCUCCGGAUCAACGAGUUGACGCCCCUCAAACCCCGCUAUGAGGUACACGACGUCUUAAUCCAGGACCCUCCCACCUCCAGAUUGUCUGUCACAGGCCGCGACGAGAACAGCGUGGAGCUGUCGCUGGAGGACGGGAGCCACAAGGUGAUCCUGACAGCGAAGCCCUUUCGCAUGGACCUGCUGGCCGGGCGGGACCUGGUGCUGAGCGUCAAUUCCCGGGGCUUGCUGGUAUUUGAACACCUGCAACAGAGGAAGGACUCUUUCUCGGAUAAAGUUAGUGACACGGUCGUUAGCAUUUGGGAUAGGAUCACGAGCGUUUUUUCUAG